GCGACCCUCCUUCCUGCCGCCAUGUUUGUUGGGGACAGAGAACAGGGAGAGAUCCUGGGGUCUUGUUUGUUAGGGGCACAGGACUGGCGGGGCCUGUGCCUGCUCCGUUUGUACGGCGUGGAGAAUAAAAACCCAUGGCUGCCCUGUCUCUUGGGGGCGAUGAAAGAAUCAGAGACGCAGAAACGUGGAAGACCCGGGGGAAACCCGGAAGCGGGCGGCGGGCCCCCGUCGCCGGCGGAGGCGGGUUCGGGCCGCCCCGGGCACCGCGGCCCCCAGGCUGCCUGUCUCGGCUCGGAUUGUGAGACCAGACCUGACAGCAAAUUGUGGAUGCCCAAAGAGGAAAGUAAGGAGGACCUAGAAUCUCAGGAGCCAACAUUUAAGAGAGUCAAUAGGAAUGAGCCUGGAGAAGCAUGCAAUUCAGAGAGGUAUCAGGGAAACUCUGAAGGGGAGAGGCUGAGAAAAUCUCUUUUCCAGGAGAGAACUUUACGACAGGAAACAGUCAUCCAUAAAAUAGGCCACUCUGGAAAAAGAAGCCAAGUGUGUGAUAAAUUUGAGCAAAGCUUCAUUUUGAGCUCGAGCUCUGCUUCCCUUCAAAGAGUUCCGACAGGGGAAAGAUCUCAUCAGUGUGGUGACUGCAGCCAAAGCUUCAAACAACAAGCAGAUUUGACUCCACAUCACAAAACCCAUACAUCAGAGAAACUUCCAUUAGGAGCUGCGUGGAGAGAAUCACUCUCUGAUGAUGCGGACCUUCCCAGUGUGCAGAAAACAAGCCCUGCAUGGAAACCUUUUGAGUGUCUUGACUGUGGAAAGACUUUCAGCCGAAGUGCCACACUUAUGGAACAUCACAGCGUCCACACAGGAGAGAAGCCCUAUGAAUGCAGAGCCUGUGGGAAGGCCUUUAGCCACAGCUCAACCCUCAUACAACAUCAGAGAACUCACACUGGUGAGAAACCUUAUGAAUGUCAUGAAUGUGGGAAAGCCUUUAGCCGAAGUUCUAAUCUCAUGGAACAUCACAAAACUCACACUAAAGAGAAACCUUACGAAUGCAAUGAAUGUGGCAAAACCUUCAGCCGAAGCUCAAAUCUGAUAGAUCAUCAGAGAAUCCAUACUGGAGAGAAACCUCAUGAGUGCAUUGAGUGUGGGAAAGUUUUCAGCCACAGCUCAACACUAAUUCAGCAUCAGAGAAUUCACACUGGAGAGAAGCCCUACAAAUGUGGUGAAUGCGGGAAAGCCUUCAGCAGGAGCUCAUCCCUCAUUCAACACCAGAGAAUCCAUACUGGAGAGAAACCCUAUGUAUGUAACACUUGUGGGAAGGCCUUCAACCAGCGAUCCGGCCUCCUUCAGCAUCAGAGAACACACAGUCAGAAGUAACCAUCUGACUUUGGGAGAAAACUUAGACAGCCUCACUGCUCCUAAAAUCCAGUGAACCUACAGGUAAAAUUUACUCCCAAAAGAAAAAGCUCCUUACCGGACAGCAGUCCAUCUCCCAAGAGCCUCCAUAAGUGCCAAUUUAAUGAAAGAUUAAAUAUGCAAAUAGCUCUUACAGUAUAACAGGUAAUCUCUGAGAGACUGAACACAGGCUCUACAGUCAAAGGGCCUGGAGUCCCAUCCAGUGGCUGACUCUGCUAAGUGAGCAACCGCCAUUUCCUCGUGUGUGUACAGUGAGAGAAUAGUAUCUACCUCGAAAUGCUGCUAUAAGAUAGAACGGGGUGACCCUCGUGGGACAUUUUGCCUCGUUCUCGGCACACCCCAAGAACUCACAGGAGGUUGGUGCGGCUGUCACCCUCUGGGGUACAAGCACUCAGCAGGGGGCUGCAGCCACCUGUGCCAGCAUCACCAGGAGGUGCUGGAACCAAUUCCUGCGGCAGCUCUUUCUACUAAGUUCAAUUCAGUAAACAUCCUGAGCCUUCCAGCUACCAGGCACUUAUCAUGGGAGGACACAUAUGACCUUCUUGGCCAGGAUCGCUUGUGCCCCUGGUGGGGUCUUCAGCUAAACCCCCACUUUCCUUGCUGCGACUUCACCUGUGUCCUGCAGCCUGGCUGAUGGUGGCUAAGCAUGUAGUACCAACCCUCUGCUCCAGUUCCCAGUGGGCCUCAACUCCCCAGACCUGGCCACUCACCUUCCUCCGCACACCUCAGCAUGUGAAGAGAGGAUGAAUUUAUUCUAACUUUAGUAAAACAUUCCCCUUGGAAAUUUUGCAGGGGGUAGGGGAUGGUGGAGGACUUUCUGGCUGACCAGAAACACAGUCCCAGAGAAGGAGCCUGGGCUCUGGCACCUGUGGUCCAUGCUGCCUGGGCUGGCCUGGGGACAUUGCUCCCUCGGGAGCAUAUAAGUGAGAUCCUUCAUCCCUUUUUUCUUUUCAGGUUAGGAAAGGCCUAAAAGAAAUGCCUCCAUUUCUUUUUGAAUCAUGCCUGUGGCAGGCCUUGGGACUUCAUGUACUCAGGAGUCUCUGGCACUGCUGCAUCCUGAGCAGGGGGGCUCAUCGUCCUGGGCUAGGUGGUCCCCAUUCCUGCAGGCUCUAGCUCAUCUGCCACGGGUCCCCCAGGGGCCUCUCUGCCCUCUGAUGUUAACUGAGGGUCUGUUAGUUGUCUGCCCCACUCUGAGGGUCUUCUCCACCCACAGAGGAGGGGGCAGGGAAAGAGUGCUCCAGGCAGGGACAGAAUUGUUUCUGAGUGCUCCUUGUCUGAUGCGCUUGGGAAUUUCCCCCAUGGGACUCCCCAGGCAUGGCUGGGGAGAGAGUCCUGGAAGAGUGGCCAGGGGAGGAAUCAGCAGGAGACAGGGAAAGAGCUGAGGACUGGGUCUCACACCUGAGGAAUACUGUCUUGUGUUCACAGACCUCAAAGGGUGGGCCCCACCUCUGGUGACCCCCAGCCACAUGAUGUUGGCACCUUGGAACACUCACAGUCCCAGCGGAAGAAUGGGAUGCCCUCGAGAGGAGUGGUGAUAUUGUUGGCACAAUGAGGGAGCCAAAUUUCUGGUGUUAAAGCAACGAGGGGCCUCCCCAGGAUGAAGCCUUGAGGAGUGGGUGGCAAACCCCACCAGAUAGAUCUUCCCCAUCUUCUGACCCUCAAAGGGGAGCUUGUGCAGGUCCCUGUAAGAGACAAGAGGUGGGAAGUGCAUCCUGGAGAAGAGGGGGCAGAUGGGCUGCCAAGCAUCCCAUUUCCCCACAUUCCUGACUUCCGAUAGUCCUUCUAUCCCUCCCCCCAAGGCUCCUAUCACAUCACUUUCUCUAUGCUUCUCCCUCCCGGGUGAACCCCGUGCUGCACGGGCCCUGGAAAUCCAUGGGGAAGCUGGGGAGAGGAAACCUGGAAUAACAGAGAGUAAUUACCUUCUCUCUAAAGGGUCAAGGUCCAUCCAUUGCCACUUUAAGCUCUCUCAGGAGAGCUCGCUCAGCUAGGAAAUGGGAGCCCAGGUUGUAGUGUUGAAGGGAGGAGCAAAGGGACCUUGUGGGAGCCUGAGCAGAAUGUCUUCUUGGGCAUAGACUACUUCAAAAUUUGACGGUCAGCACCCCGGGAAUUAGUGUUCAAGGUCACAAGGUCAGUGAGCACAGCAGUAAUGCCUAGUCUGUGACUGCUGGGUCACGUGGAAGGUACUUUCACCACACGUCCCAGUGGCCAUCACAAAAACCUGCCAUGUGGGGCCAAGUGCACUCUCAAAGGAGGAAUCUGAAAAUUAGGGACCUUAACAACUUGUACAGUCAUGACCCCAAAAUUUUGCCUCCUAAACAUCCAAGAAUUCUCCCACUAUGUGUCACUGUCCCCUAGAGGGUAAGAUGCCUGCCCAGCUCCAUCCCACAGAAGGGAGAGCAGGACGAGGAGUGUGCCAGGCCCUGAUACCCCCAAUGAGCUUCUCGGAGAGCUCCAGUUUCUGAGAAGGACUGGUGUCCUCCGUGACGGGGGGCCUGGGCCUGUGGAGAGAGCGACGAAGGUCAAAGCUGUGAGCCCAGAGCUGAACAGCAGAGCCUCACCUUUAAAAGCUCCCACUCAUUUCUCCCUGCCUCUCUCUUCCUGCUGCAAGACAAAAAGAAAGAAACCAGAAAAGAGUUCAGAAUCCAUUUUUUGCUCCCCUCAUUCUAAUCAAGCAGCAGACAAUGAGAUUUUCCACAUUAAUUUAGUUGAGAUCUCUACAGUUUCCAUGUUCACUUUAAAAGUGCUGAAAACAUUUUCGACUGGUCAUUUUCUGUCAAACCCAAAUAAAGUGUUUUAUGCACUGGUCCCCAUUGACAUUUUAGUGUCCUCUGCUGAAAGGGGCCCAGAUGUCAGAUUUGGGGGACAGCUAUGCUGCAUUUCUUGGAUUCUGCUCCCUGAGGACAAGUGGAGUCAUUUGUGGUUGGUCUUUCAGGCUCAGUGUUGGCUCUAGGUAGCCCUGACACAGGGAUAGGCUGGGCCCAGAGACACCUGCAGUGGCAAGGUGAACCAGUGUGAGCCCUGUCCUUUAGGUGUCCUGACUCUAAGGAGAAUCACGGUGUUUGGGGUUUUACCCUGGACCCCUCCACCACACUAGGAACACAGGCUGUGGGUUUCAGAUAGAAGCCCUAGGCUCCACCAGACCCCCACCAUGCCUCACCUGUUCUUAGAGUUUCAUGAUGUUCCCAUUUCGUCCUAGAAUCCACUGGGGACGGCCUUCUGCUCCAACACCUGCUUUAGAAAAGUGGAAAUGGGAGAACAAGAGGGUACCUCUUUUGUGGGCUGCGCCUUGGAUUCCCUUACCUGAGUGAUGUUUGUGUGUUUCUCAAAUCUUGUGACAUCCAAAACCAGUGAACUCAGCAAGAUGACAGGAAGAUGAUCCCAAGGACAUACAAAUAACAAAGGAUGGAGCCAAAGCCCCAGCGCUCACUAAAAUGAAAGUUAAGGGGAAGUUUUCCAUCAUGGAAAGUGCACUGCUGCCUCAGGCAACCGAGCACAGGAUGCACUCCAGCCUCGAGUUCCAGGCCCACAUCACAGAGCGAUGGAACAGUCACCGAGCUCCUGAGUGCAGGAGAGGGGACAGGAAGCAAGGUGACGCCAGGGGCCCUCCCCACCAUCCACUCAGCAGAUCCCACACCCCUCAUGGACACUGGAUCCCUCCACCCUUCACUCUUCCUUCCUGCUUUCCACCCACAGCCCUUCUGCAGCACAUUGUACAGGAUCACCAUACUAUGCCACUUUAUAUGAGGGACUUGAGCAUCUGCGGGGUUGGUAUCCACGGGAGGGGCAGUUAUGGAACCAAUCCCCUGUGAAUACAGAGGAACAACUGCAUGUAAGUUAUAUAUAAAUGCUGAUGUGUGUAUAUAUUACCAAACUGCUUUUUUCUCUUUAUUCCAACUCUGCCCUUGUAUUAGCUGGUUUCCUCUUUUCUCUCAGAGAUAUAGGCUUGAGCCUCACGCCUCCACACCUUUCACAGGUCUGAAGAUCUCCAAUGGAUUCUACCAGGCACGCAUUUUUAAAACAUCUUUGUAGAAGUGUAAUACAAAGAGCAGAAUUGAGAAUACCUUCAGCAUACAGCAGAGGAAUCCUCACACCCUGAAUGCCUGUGAAACGAGCACCCUGUCGACAAGCUGACUGUGCCCAGGACCUUGAAGCCUCCUGGGGCUCCCUUCUGGUCACUUUCUCAGACCGCCUCUCCUGUCUGCGCCUGAGUGUGGCCACUCUGUGACUUCUACAGCCCUGGUGACUUGUGUGUGUUCACUCAUUUAACCCUCACAGUAACCCUAUGAAAUGGUAUUACUCUUCCCAUAUUAAAGAUGAUGGGAGCAUAGGAUUCUGUUAUUUGCCAAGUCUCACUGCUCUUAGUAGCAGAGCUGGGAUCCAACCCCCAACUCUGUCUCCAGGCCAUAUUCUUUAACCAUUAAGCUGCUGGGAAAGCAUUGUGGCAAGAGAGGAAAACAGGCCAGUUCAAUAAACUGGGUGUGAAGAAUUUCCACUCACCUCCACAUAGCACCUUGUCUAAAAACUUUAAGUAUAACAUAAAAGUUUGAAGUGUUAAGAAAGCAAAGUCAUAAUUGGCAAUGUUUUUUCUCUUAGCAGUACCUAAAAUCAUUUACAAUCAGCUGCAUCUUUGAUCCAGUUAAAUAUGGUAUGAAGUAGCCACUUUGUGCUAUUUUCUUCUCCAUCCCCUUUACAUGCUUUAUAAAUAUCUAGUCAUUCAAUAAACAAGUAUUUAUUGAC